UGCAUCGCUGGUGGUGUUUUGGUUUUGGCUGGAAGGCUGUACCCACGCGAGACCGCUCCGGCCACCGCUCGCCGCAGGGGAAAGUGGAGCCUGGGGUUUUUCACCCGCUCCCCAUCGCUCUGGAUUGUGGCCGGGGAGCCGGCCGGGGUUUGGGGGGGCCCAUCGCGAGAUGUACCAGAGUUUAGCCAUGGCAGCUAACCCCGGCCCUCCGGCGUACGAGGGGGCAGGUGGCUUCAUGCACAGCGCGGCCGCAGCGUCCCCCGUCUAUGUGCCCACCACGAGGGUCACCUCCAUGCUCCCCAGCCUGCCGUACCUCCAGAGCAGCGGCUCUUCCCAGCAAGGCAGCCCCGUCUCCAGCCACUCCAUCUGGACUCAACCCGGAGCCGAAAGCGCCGCUUACAACCCCGGAUCGUCUCACCCUCCCGUGUCACCUCGGUUCUCCUUCUCCACCAGCACCCCUAUCCCCGCCACCUCUUCCCGGGAAGCCGCGGCGGCUUACAGCAGCUCCUUGAACCUUUCUGCUAACGGGAGGGAGCAGUACAGCAGGGGUUUCGGCAGCUCCUAUUCCAGCCCUUACCCGGCUUAUAUGAGCCCCGAAAUGGCCACGACUUGGACUUCUUCACCCUUCGACAGCCCCAUGCUGCACAACCUGCAGAGCCGAGGGACGCCCGCAGCCGCCCGGCACGCCAACAUAGCAGAAUUUUUUGAUGAUUAUUCAGAGGGGCGAGAAUGUGUCAACUGCGGGGCCAUGUCCACCCCACUCUGGAGGAGAGAUGGCACGGGGCACUACCUCUGCAACGCCUGUGGGCUCUACCACAAGAUGAACGGCAUCAACCGGCCCUUGUUCAAACCUCAGAGGAGGCUGUCGGCUUCCCGUCGCGUUGGCCUCUCUUGUGCCAACUGCCACACAACGACAACCACGCUCUGGCGCAGAAACGCUGAGGGAGAGCCUGUCUGUAACGCCUGCGGACUCUACAUGAAGCUCCAUGGGGUUCCAAGGCCUUUAGCAAUGAGAAAAGAGGGCAUUCAGACGAGGAAGCGCAAGCCAAAGAACCUUAACAAAACAAAGACACCAGCAGGUCCAUCCAGCAGCGAGAGUCUGACCCCGACCACCAGCUCCACCAGCAGCAGCAGCAGUGCCACGACCACUGAGGAAAUGCGCCCCAUAAAAACAGAACCUGGGCUCUCAUCUCAUUACGGGCACCCCAGCCCAAUUUCUCAGGCCUUCUCAGUCUCUGCCAUGUCCGGACAUGGAUCGUCUAUUCACCCUGCGAUUUCAGCUCUGAAGCUUUCCCCGCAGGCUUACCAGUCAGCUAUCAGCCAGUCUCCACAAACCAGCUCCAAACAGGACUCCUGGAACAGCCUGGUGUUAGCUGAAAACCAUGGGGACAUCAUAACUGCAUAACCUGGUCUUCCACCCAUGGACUUCAGGCUGAUCCGCUUGAGAGAUGAAGAAGAUGCCAUGUAAUCAUCAAGUCAAUGUUGUUUCCCACCUCCCCUGCUCUCCCGCCUUCUCUCCCCUUGUGAGAUGUUCCAGCAAAGAGGUAAAGAGGACUUAUUUGAGGUGUAGGAGAGCUCUUAUGAAACGAACAGAAAAGACUCAAAUCUCAAAAUAACUAAUGGAUGUGAAGCCUUUUUUCCCACUUUAAAUGAGCCUCUCUAUUUGAUUGUCACCACCACCUAUGAAAUAGCCAGAAACACAAAGAUGGACACAGUUCCUGAGUUUUGCUUAUUUAAAAACAUCUGGCAUUUAAGACUCAGAUGAUGGUGGAGCAGAGACACUUUUUUUCUUCUGUCACCAUCUGUUCUUUUCCUGACCAGAAGAAAAUGCCACCAUCUUCUCAUUACCCAAAUUCAGUCAUCUUCCACCAAAUGAAGCCAGUUCCGGAACAGCUUGUUGAACAGACUUCACUACACAUGCUGUGGUGGCUUUAGUGGAUUUGAUAUGAUCUAGGGCAGAGAAAAAAAGAGACCCUCCCACACACACAUCCUCAGCUCACACAUCUAGAGCUUUGUCUUCAUUUUCCUAGAUGGUCUGAAAACCUAAUGAAUGUCAUAUUUAAUAGUAAAUCUUUUCCUAUUUAUCAUUACAAAAUCAUGGGACUGUGUUUCCAGAAGGUUGUUGGCUGAGCCUGGAGAAGGUCUGUCCAAAGUCAAAGGAGGAUUUUGGAAGGAGGAACCUUCUGGAAGUAGGUAGAGGAGACCCACUUUGGUCAUCAAAUCCUGGAGGAAACUCCCUUAUGGAUAGCUACAAGCCAGGCUUAGAGAUUAUUCAAGAGCACAGCAAGUGAAAGAUGCUCUUCUAACACUGCUGUGCCAUUGCUUUUGAGACAGUAAAUUUAAUUAUUUUGCAUACUUUUCUGUUGGUUUUGAUGUCAUUGAUGAAAUCUGACUGUCAUUUAUUUCUGGCAGUACUGUGAGUGCCCACUGUCCCCCUAACAGCUGGCUCAUGACCAUUUCACACAUCUAACCCUUUUGCAACAAGCAAAGGCUUCAGCCUCUAAUGGAGGUAGGCAGGGGCCAUUUUCUUUACCAAGCGUGUGCAUAGAUUUGCUUGCCUGCAAAAGAAGUAUAACUCCAUUCAUGCAUGAGUAUUAAAGAAGACUCAUGUUUUUUUCUUGCCCAUAAGGCUCUCAGCAACCAGGGAAUCCUAGGAAACGGAAUUGGAAGAGAUGCUGAGAGCUCACUGACUCAUUCCCUUUUCCCAAAGGGAUCAAUUCUACCUAACGUAGCCCUGACUGCUCUUUCUCUAGCAUGUGCUUAACAAACUCCAGCAUCGCAGAUGCCACAGCUCCCCUGUGCAGUCUAAGUGCUUCACCAGAUGCUUGCUGUGACGUUUUCAUCAACAUUUCUGAGGAGGGACAGCUCUGCUUGUCCAGGCAGAGAACUUAUGGGUGACCUCAUCCUACGAGAUUCUCCACCUUUGUUUCUGUCCACUCCCAAACUCUGUUACUCUUCCUACCUUCCCAGCUCCUCUCUUUCCUCCCUGCAUCCAGAACUCAAGUACGGAACUACCAAGUGAAAAUCUAGAAGAGGGAUUGUGCAUCCCUCCCAAAUAUGCCAUCCUCUGUGUCCCGCAGUUUAACAUUCCCACAAAGAGUGUUUCCACCCAAACACCAAGAUACAUGGCUUGGCGAAGAGGAAAGCCACAUGCAUGUUUGAAGCAAAAGAAUGGCGUUGUAUUGUCUUUGUUUGAACUCUCCAUUUUCCUCCUGAUGGUAGAAAAGCUUCUUUAAGGAGAAGGAUUCAACUGGACUGGUCAUGAUAAUGACUGGGACUGGAGUCACAGUAGAGACCUGGACCUGUCCACAUUCCCUGUGCUCUGUGUAACUCAGAUGUGCAGGGUUUUGGAGGGGUGACAGAGCCUCUGCACUCCCCAGAGAAAAACACCAUGGCAGUGAUGCCAUGGGAAUGGCUGGAUGGUGUUUGCACCAGAGUUUCCACUCUGUUUUGCUGAGCUAACGCAGGGUGUAGCCUCAUUAGCGUUAAUUACAGACAAGGAAAAGACAUUCAUGAAACAUGAAUAAAAAUAAAUUAAUUUCUGUGAUUCUGCUCAGGCCUGGUAGGCUGCAGAGAAGAGGCCAGAAAUAGCACCUAAAAAUAUGAAUUUGGGGUGAGAACAUAAAGGUUUUAUGUUGUGGGCAUGCAGGUCUUUAGCCAGCCUUCUCCUUGAAUGACAUUCCUUUGUAAAUGGCAGUUGAGCUCUCUUGGGAGCUGACUGUGAAUCCCUGUCCAUAACAGAGAAGCAUGCACCAUAAAGAUGCCACUUGGCUAAUGCACGCAUCUGAGACACCUAGAACUACCCAGAACAACGUGAGAGGGAGGGGAGCAGGCGGACUCCUGGAGAGGAGCUGAAGUCCAGACCAACCACACACCCCAUUUCUUUCCAUACGGAUGCUCCCAGAGGCUCUGUCCACCUUGCCUUAUUACUGCGCUCCUCCUACUGCCCUCAAAGCUAAACUCCCUGGCUCAAUUUUUCUCCUGCCCUUAAAACACACUCUGAGACGCCAUAGAGGAGUCUGCUUGCAAUGCAAGAGGGGGAAACCCCUGCAGGACAUAAGCCUGCCUCAUGCUCCCUCAGGUUAUCUAAAUGACCAUGGUAGAGAUUUGUUAACCGGUUUUCAGCCUUCUUCAAAGCCUUAAAAAUAAUUCUUGAAACACAGUGAGGAGCAUUUACAAGGACCCUGAUAAGAAGAUGUCUGCUUUCAGAAGGUGAGGCUCUGGGGGCUGUGAGGACAACUUGGCUCUCUUUAGUGGUAGAAAUUAGCUCUUUUGUCCCCCCUUUUGCACCACAAGCAGUAGAAGUCCAGAUAUGCCCAGUUCUGUUGUUCUUUUCAAUCACCCAAAACUGUAGAGCUAUUGUCAGUCCAGGAGCAUUUGCCAUAUUCUGGCCAACACUAAUAUCAAGAUGGUGAGAGGCUGACCUCAGAUGGAACAGCAUCAUGCUAGGUGCUGUACAAACACACCAUAGUAGAUAGGUCCUGUCCUACAGAGCUCAUAAUGAUAGAAUUACAGGGUAAUUUAAAUCAGAAGAGACCAGAUCAGGUUUCUCAGGGCCCUGGUCAGACAAGUGUUGCAUAUCCUCAAGGAUGGCAAUCCUACAACCUCUCCAGGUUCCCGUUCCAGUGUUUGAUCACCCUCGCGGUGGAAAUGUUUUUCCAAAUAAAUGUUUGAUUCUAAUGAGAGGCAAAAUCAUUGGUAAAUUAAUUGCUUAGACUUGGGGACUCCCAAGCAAUGAGUCAGUGUAGAAGAGUGAGCGUUGGCUCCAAGCCCAGGAAUCACACAGAGCCCCUUCUUGCAGGUAGGAGCUGGGAUGGCCAACACAGGAUCACAAACAGCAGAAGUGACUGAUAAAGGGAUACUCACAGGAUGAGAGGAUAAAAGUGCUACCAGUUUGAGGAGACUCAGCUCAUUCAAGCAGGUGGGGCAGCUUACAACAUUCUGGGUUCCAUCUGAGCUCUGCUUUCCUUCCCAUGAUGGCAUUUAGAGCUCGCUUUGCUAAUUAGACACAAUUAUUAGAGACUUGUUAAGGCAAGAUAAUUAUUGCUAUUAUUGCAAUAAUUUAUUUAAUUGCAGCAUGGCUGCAGAACCUAGUGAGGACCAUACCAGGCCAGGCCCUACACAAAUGCAGGCCCGAGAACUAUCCCUGCCCUGAGGAGUAAGAGGGAAGGGCCCAGUCCUGCAAAACACUUAAGCACGUACAUAAAUGCGUUGGCGGGACUUGUUCCCUUAGAGGUCAUCAUUAAUCACACAUGCAAAUUUUGAUGUCGAAGGGUUUGCAGCACAAGGUUUGGUUGUGCCAAACCAGACCUUUGCAAUCGCUCCAUGGUCACCAGAGUGAGAUGGGCAGAUGAGAACCACGAUGGGGAGCCAGAGGGGUAGAAAGGUCAUUUAACGAUUGCUAAAUGUCUUUCCUCUUUGUGGAAGUGCAAUAUCUUGAAUCACUUCAGUUAUUCUUCUGUAAAUUGAUCAGAAGAGAUCCAUAUUUCACUUGCAAUCUUAGCAGCUGGCUGGAGAUCACGCAAUCAGGAGGAGCCCAGGAAUAUCGUAAGGGAGCUUUAAAACCGAUGAACAACUCUUAAUAUAACAUUGAAGCUGUGACUGUGUCAGGGGUGGUGUUUUGUUUCACUUUUUUUCUCCCCAUGUAUAAAGUUUGAAGCUUCCCAGGUCACCUGGGAAGUUCCCAUGGAAACAGACACUUACUUGUAAGGGGGAGAGGGAAACCAACCAACUGAACAAGCUGUAAUUAUUUAAAGAUGUAAAAAAAUAUAUAUUAUGAAGUAGUAUGGCUACCAAUCCACGUAACUUCUACACCUUUAGAACUAAUGGAAAUAAAACAAUGAUAAUAA